UGUUCCCGGGGGCACCGAGCGGGCGCCGGUGGGCAGGGCGCUCGGGACACGCGUGUCCACGUUUCCCUCGCUCUUCAAGCGCCUCUUGCGCCCCGCGUUUGUGCCAUGGUUGAAUGACGUCAGGCCACAGCCACGAGGAGGAACCUGAGCAUCGCGCGCACAUGUCUGCUCGGGGCGCCAGCCGGAGCUUUGAGGAGGGGAGGGAGCGGCCGGUUUGCAAGAAGGGCUCUUGGCCGCGCCGAGGUUAAAGGAGGAAAGAGAAGAUGUUUGGAUUCCACAAACCGAAGAUGUACCGGAGCUUAGAGGGUUGUUGUAUUUGUAGAGCUAAGUCCUCCAGUUCUCGCUUUACCGACAGCAAACGUUAUGAAAAGGACUUCCAGAAUUGUUUUGGUCUUCAUGAGGCUCGCUCAGGAGAUAUAUGCAAUGCCUGUGUGCUCCUGGUGAAAAGGUGGAAAAAGCUGCCAGCAGGAUCAAAAAAGAACUGGAAUCACGUGGUGGAUAUAAGAGCUGGACCAAGUCUUAAAACAACACUGAAGCCAAAGAAGAUGAAAACACUCUCUGGGACCAGAAUGAAGAGCAAUCAGAUAAACAAACUGCAGAAAGAACUGAAACGACACAACUCUGAUGCCCACAGCACCACCUCAAGCGCCUCCCCAGCCCAUUCGCCCUGCUACAGCAACCAAUCGGAUGAUGGCUCAGAUGCUGAGAUGCCUCCUGGUUCCAGCCGCACACCUGUCUUCUCCUUCUUAGAUCUCACUUACUGGAAAAGGCAAAAAGUUUGCUGUGGAAUUAUUUACAAAGGUCGCUUUGGAGAAGUCCUGAUAGACACUCACCUCUUCAAACCCUGCUGUAGUAACAAGAAGUCCUCCAGUGAGAAGCCUGAACCACAAGGCCCUCAGUCACCACCGGUCUCCAACCAGGAAGAGUGGUGACUUCCAUAGCUAACUGCGGAUGGUAUAAAUGCAACCUCUUUCUCUCUGGAAUGUCUUCAAAGUGACCUUUUGGAUCACUUUGAAGGCCUGCUAUGCUGCCAAAAGACUCCCCCCCCCCCCUUUGAACUGUUUGAGGGUUUUGUUGGGUCUGGUUUUUUUUAAAAAACUGCUUCACUUCCACUAAGUCAGAAAUCUGUUCAUAUCGCUUCAGAAAUGACUGUAAAUAAUAUUUAAGACAAGUAGUUAAGCUGAAUGCUGCUGCAAAGACCUCUCUGUUCAGCCUCUGUCUCUCCAUGCAACGGUUCUAAAACUAAUGACCACAAGACUUGAUUUUGUUGUACAAUUAAAAUAUGUAUGUAGUGUAUAUUUCUGUCCGAACAGCAAAGUUGGCAUUACGUAUGCUAGAAUAGCCAGUAGCUUCCCCCCCCCCCCUCUGAUGAAAAUAGUUAUUUGACAGUUGCAACUCUUGGAGAGAAUGGAUUCAGAAGUUUGUUCACUGUGUAUAAGACUCUCUUACUAUGUAUAUGUUGCAAGAUAGGGAGCUCUACUUUUUUGCUACCAUGGCUUCCACCAUGAUAAAGCAUUUCACGUUUUGUUGACCACAAGGCCCAGUGGUUCAUAUAUCUGGCCUAGUAGAGUGUGCGUGUGAGUGGGCCAGGACUGAGGAUGCAGCCAGUCUAGGUUGAGUUAAUAGGUUCUGAGGCUGGUCGUAGCAAGGGGAAAUGACUUGGUAUUGAGCCAAGAGACCUCCUUCUCUCAGUGUGCAGCACAUGGACAGUUUAUGCAUUACAGGGACAGCAUACAUUUGCAGGGAAAUGGGAUGGGGAUAGCUUAUGAUCUCAUUGGCCACGUACGGGACUGCAGUGGGAUAUGAUGAACACACGGUAUGUCCUAAGACCCUUUCCCCCCCCCCAACCAAAUAAGUUUCCCUUGGAUGGAAAAAGCGCUUCGUUAGAAAUAAGUAUGUAAAUUGCAGCCACUGUGUAGUUUCACAGCUUGAUAAAUAACUGCAUGAAUAUUAACUGUCCAGCUUAGAACAGUGUGUGUUAUUGGCAAGACCAUUCAGAUAGCCCAUUGUUUGGAUGUCCCAUUUCUAACUAUUGUAUGAUAAUAAAGUGGUAAUCUCUCGCUAUGUUGACUGAAAACCAUGAAGGUGAGCUGUACCUACCCAUCCUGCAAAAAGCUCAUGAGAAGAUUACUACCUUGGCUCUUCUAGCUUUCCACACUGUGUGCUGAUUUAUCCCAGAAAAGAACCUUGGAAUAAUGCUUAUCCUGACCCCAUGAUAAAGUACGAUCUAAACAGAAUUAGAUCUAGGUGUAUGCUGCACUUUCUGUUUCUUAACCAUCUUCCCUUUAUGAAUGUGUGCAUAAGUGUCUAGGGCAUUUCCUUCCUUUAUCACUACAGUGUUGCCUUUUAGGGCUGCCUUUUAAAACCAGAUGACCCCCCCUCCCCCCGCAAGAAAAAAGUGAGUCAAAUACAUCAGAUGGCUUACAUGUUCCAGGAGUCAUCACAGGCCAUAGUAAACUUUGACCUUUUUCACUUGUCCUUUGUCCUGUCUGCUGAAGAACCCAGUGGUCAAAUGCGCAGCCCCUCCACAUCGCCACAUCUCCCAGAAGUGCCUUCAGUCCCUUUCUUUUUUUAUUCUAUUUGAUUGAUUUUUCUUUUGCUCAGUUUCUAGCACAGAGCUGCCACAUAUUUUCCCUCUUUAAAUUUCGUUUCUUUCAAAUGAACACUAUCUGUAUUCAUGUAUCUCCAUAACUCAGACAUUUCUCUGAAGACAGCUUUGGCCAGUCAGCUAGCGCCUAUGACAGUAUGGGCUUCUCCUACGAGCUCUAGUUUUAUCCAUGCUUUUACAGGCUAGACUUAGGGGAAAGGUGAGUUUGGAAACACUGUCAUAGUAACUGGCAGUCCUACAUAGUAUCUGGCAAACCUGAGAUUAAUUUUGUAUGAAAUUGAGACUUCCAAAAGUGGAAUAAAUGCUCAAGGGUUCAUUUGGAUGGCACACAUGGGCAUGUACCUGCUUUUAACUUUUUUCCCCCCUUGGUAUGCUGCUUUCACUCAUUCAGACUUCUUAAUUUUGUUUGAUUAGUAUGAGAAUUUAGGCUUGGUUGGGGGGGGGGGAAUAAUCUGCAGUACAUAACUUUUGUUUUACUUUUGUUGAACGAUGAAAUCUUAGUUGCUAUGUCAGAAGAAAUAUCUUGAAAUACUGUCUUCCUACAUUGUGUUAUAGGGUCCCUCUAAUCUUUUCCCCAUCUUUUUGUAAAUAGGAGAAAUAUUCUAAAGGGAGGAUUAAAUAGAUCUUUUAUGUGGAACUGACUAGCUACAUAGCAGUCUUGCUUGGUUGAUAACCUCUGAAGGAUGCAGACAAAAGCCCUGGAUAACUUGUUUUCUCUGCCAUUGGCUUACAUUUGUCUUGGAAUCCUAAAGGUAAUUGGUUCUGUGCUCUUUACAACUGCAGUAUAAUACGAUGUAUGAUACGAUCAUCUCUUCUACUUCUGUAUUUAUUUAUUUAUUGCUUGACUCUAAUGGCAGACUGCUUCCCCUCCCUCUCUCCUUCCCCUGUAGAAAUACAAGAUGAAUUGUAUGUAGUUAAGCACUUUGUAUUAAUGUAGUAGAAAUCUAUUGAAUCUGUUUUUAUACUUUUUAUAUUGUUUAUACACUUGUAAUCCACUUUUUUUAAAGCUAGGGGUAAUGAAUAAAAUUUUA